AAAACGAUUGAUUUUCCUAGUUUGUUUAAUUCUAUUCAUGUUGGAGUUCCCUUUUAUUACAGAUAUUGAUAAAGUGUAUAUAAAAAUCGAUUCAAAUGCAAAAACAAUGUUUAAUUCAUCUAUUGAACAUUCAAUGGUAUUCAUAGAGAAUCGACCAAUUCAACUUGGAUGUUUUUGUAAAAAGACUAAUGUACCUAUUCAUGCAAAUUAUGAAUACACAUUUUUUAUUCAACUAUCGGAUCAUAUUAAUCAUAAUGAUACAUUAGUCAAUAUAAGUUCAUUAUCGACUAUUGAUCAAAUUAAUAGUGAUUAUCAUAAGAUUGUUUUAUCAUUUGGAAUUCCUUCAAAAUUACUUAGAUUACAUCAUCAAUUAAAAGAUCACAUCAUAGAAUUUGUACCACAUCGAAAAUUUCAUCGAGGAAGAAUCUAUUGUCAAAUAUCGAUUAGAAUGAAAAACGAUACAAUCAAUACAAUUGAUUCCAUAAUGUCUGAUGUAUCAUCUAAGGUAUCAUUGAGAAGCUGGAGUAACCAAAUUUAUAAUGUUAAUGAUGAUAUAGGAAAUGAUUCAGUGAAUGAUCCCGUAAUGAUUUCUUCAAUGGGUUAUAUUGAUUUAAAUAUUUAUUAUGGACCAAAUAUAGAUAAUCGAGAAAAUGAGAUUUAUAUAUUGUACCCUUGUUCAAUAUUUGGAAAGGAAUUGGAAAUGCUCUGUUGGACGAAAUCUACAGAUCAUCUGUAUAUAACACAAGAGAUAACAUUAUGGUGUCAAACAGAUUUUAAUCCAUCUGGUCAAAUUGAAUGGUUUACAUGGAAAUCAAAUUAUACUCAAGUAUAUUUAUCAAAUGGUUCUAAUUUACAAUUGAACUUGAAUCAACUACAAUCUUUAUUAGAAAUAAUCACAAUGAAUUCAACGAAUUUAUGGAUUAUUGAUAAACAAUAUUCUAAAGAUCAUGAAAAUCAUCUUGAUAUAGAUGAUUCUAUGAAGCUGAAAAAUGUUAAUUUUCAUAUUGAUUUAUGGAAAUUCACAUGUAUAGCUAGUUCAGUGGGAUUUGAUAGUCAGUCAGCAAAUAGAUUUAUUAUUCAAGCAGAAAAACCAUUUGUACAUAGUAAUUCACAUGUAUAUGGAAUUCUAGGCAAAUCAAUUAAUCUUAUCUGCAAUGUUAUCAGUUUCCCGGAACUAAAUUUCACCUAUCCAAUAUGGUUACAUAAUGGUGAAUAUAUUACGAUGGAAGAUUUAUAUAGUAAUAAUAAUAUAAUGACAAUGAACUCAACAAUUGAAAAUUCCCAAUUCCCAAUUAUGCUUACUCAUAAUUUUAUAUCGAAAUAUAAAAUCAUUCACAGAAAAUAUUCAGUAGGUUGGAUUAUCACUUUACAGAUAAACAAUUUGGAUUUAAAUGAUGAAGGAGUUUAUCAGUGUACAUUUUCAAAUUUAAUGGGAUCAAGUUCUUAUGAGAUAAAUUUAUAUUUAAAUCAUAGAUUUACCAGACAUCAAUUCAUCAUUAUAAUUGUCAGUUGUGUAAUUCCCUUAUUGACUAUUCUUAUAUUCAUUUUUGGUUUAUUAUAUAUUCAAAGAAAAUGUAAAUACAUUGAAUGGUUUGAUCAUUAUUUAUGUAUAAAAUGUAAAUAUACAUUAAACAGAACAACCCAUAGUAAAAAUGAAAGAAGAUAUAAUCAUAAAACAGUUGGAUACUUUACAGCAAUGGAUUUGUCAGAGGUUAUACAAAACUCACUUAUUGAUGAUAAUCAUUUUAAUGUAAUCAAUAAUAAAGAAAUAAAUCAGUCAUUUGAUCAACCUUAUUUGAAUGAUCCCGUAGUUCCUAUAAAUCAAUUUGAUGAUUACGUAACAAGUAACUCUAUUUUAAAUGGACAGCAAUCAACUAUACAUGAAAAAGUUUGUUGUGAAUAUCAAAAUACCUGUGUACAUCCCAUGAGCAAUUUCAAUAUUCAGUCUCAAUCAAAUUGUUCUACAUGUUCAAAUGCAAAAACUUUGAUUCCAGCUAAUAACAACAAUAGUAAAAAUCAUCAUGAUAGUUAUGUAUAUAACUGCUGUGAAUUAAAACAGUAUCCUCUUCACUGUAAGGCAAAUUCAGUAUAUGAUAGUAACAAUCCUAAUUGUACAAUAAAAUUUCUUCAUAAUAAAUUCGGUUAUGAAUCUGUUCUUCAAAAUAAUAAUAAUGAUGAUGACAGACCAUUAAAUUUGAAUCAAACUCCUUUAAUAAAUCAAAUCUAUACUAAUGAUAUUUGUUUAAAUGAAUCAAUGUCAAAGUCAAUGUUCAAUGAUCAAUAUUCAUGUUAUUUUAAAUGUAAUACAAAAACUAAUCAAAUUCAAAGAUCAUAUUAUUCAUUACCUCAUUAUUGUAUGUUAUCCUCCAAUAUAAUGAAUAAAAAUAUUCAUACAUUUAAUAAUCAACAAGAUAAAUGUAUUCAUUCUAUAUUGAAAUCUGGGAAUUCAGUUUUGGCGCCUAAAUUAGACGAAACUAUUUCUCACUGUGAUAAUAAGAUAUUAUCAAAAAUGAAUAACAGUACUAUAUUAAAUAUAACCAACGGAAUGUGUAAUCAUUAUAAUUUCAAUGAUUCACUGUAGAGAUAUUUGUGAAUAAAACAAUUUUGUACUGAUUGUUAUAAUCUAUUUUCAUAUGAAAUAUAUUUGAUAGUUCAUUUACUUA